GCGGAGCCGCCCUCACGCCGCCGCUCCACCAUUGCCCGCCGGCGCGGCGGCGGGUCCGCGCUUUGGACGAGGCGUCGAGGGACGGAUCGGUAGACGAGGCCAGGGAGUGAAGGAGAGAGAGAGAGAGGGUGGGAAAGUGGAGCGGGAGACUGCAGGCAGCGGCCUUCUUGAGUCUGGAGAGGUGCGGGGCUACUUCCUUCCCCGCCUUGCUCUGUGCAGGUUGCUCCGGGUGUGUGUGCGGGGGCGGCAGUGAGGGUGUCGGUGUCAGGUAGGGCUUGUCGGUGGCCGUGUUUUUUCUCAGGGCGGCCUGGGUGUCCUUUCUGUCGGUCUGGGCUCCCCCAGGAGUCCCCUGAGGCGGUAGCCUAGGAGGGAUUGUUCCUCGCUCUAGGUCGGGCCUGCACCCAUCGUGGGUGCCGGGCUAGCGAGGUUGCAGCGAAAGGUGCGCUGGCCAGUGGGUUUUGUGGGCUCUGCUGCUCUGGGACCGAGAUGCCGCAGUUGAGGUCAGGGAAAGUGGUGACAGCCAGCGAAGUGAAGCAGGUUGACUCGGAGGUCAGCAGCCCCGGCUCUUCGGGGGCAGGGUGUGAGCUAGGGGAAAAUCUGUUAGUCAAGCAGAUUCCUUGCCUGGCACCGAAGAGGAAGCCUGAGCACCUCUUUCCUUCCCUUCCACAACGUGCUAGGCUCUCUGGCCCUUCCUUUAAGUGUUUUGCUCUUCCUGUGCCUGUGCAGAAGGAGCAAGGUGAAAACAGACAGAAAUUCCCAGGUAAAAAAAACAAGGGAAUCCAGCACAGGAAGUCUAGAAGAAAGAAGGGUAUAGCUUCAGUUUCAGACACAGCUGAGUGUGAAGAUUGGCAAGCAGCAGCCACGGCUGCAGAAAUGUGCUGGGAAGAGACUCUAAGAGGGACAGGUCAAAGCCAACAGUUACUUUCCUCAGGGACUGCUUUGCAGAAUAAAUUCCUAGCAGGGAUUGAAAGGAAUGAACAUUUCUCAGAAGAGCUGAGCUACUCAGGUUUCCACAAGGGUUCAAAGAGCUCAGGAAGAGAACGUAAACAUUCCUGUGUGAAAAUAAAAUUACAAGUCCCAUCCUUAAAGGAGGAAAUUGAGAGCACAGAGAGACGUGGUUUUCCAGAGCCAGGUCUUCAAUCCAAAAAGGUCACACACAGUACUGAAGUGAAAUGCAUUGACUCCAUAAUAUCGCAGAAUAUGCAAAUCCCAGAUCUUUGGAAGAAUUUGGGUGCUCAGGAAGCCAUGCCUGAACCAAAACCUCAGGAAGAGGUUGAUAUAACAGAGAAGUUGAAUGGGUGUCCAUUAGUUGGAUCGAGAACACUAGGGACACAGGAAAAAGGAAGGAGAUGCUUGGGCAAGGAAAGCAAAUCAGUGGUGAAACCAAAAGUACAUGGUCCCAGGGAGAGGAAUAGUUCUGCCUUGCUGGAACAGCAUACACCAUGUCCAGAGUCCAGGAAAGGAGCUCUGAGUAUGAGGAACAGAAAUGCAUUGCUGUCACAGAAGCUGCAGGAUCUGAGUGGACAAGAACAACCAACAACCAGGAAAAAGAAGCGUUGCAGGAAAGAAGAGCAGCAGAGCUCAAGCCAUCAGAAAGGACCAGACAGCCCAGGGGAAAGUGCAGAGGAACAAUUAAAAGCAACUGAGCAAGACUCUGGUACUUCACAGGCUGUGAAGAAGGUUAAGACAAAGCCAAAGCAAAACAGGGUGGAAGAUUCUAAGGAAAAGGAAUCUCACUAUUCUGGAACUUCCACAGUUUCUACUUCAGGUGAUACUGAAAACAAGAGCUUUAUAUGCCAUCCUGUAACAGAAGAGCCCAGUGCACAGUGUAGAAAAAGGCAACACAGAUCUGGUGAAAUGAAGCACUUGCAAAGUUUAAGUGGGACUGCAGCUGAAAAGGUGAUGAGUACAUCUGCAAAAUGUGAUGCUGAACAUGGCAGUAAUGCCCUACACCAUUGCAGUGGCUUGCUCUGUGCAGCCGAAAAGAAUCCAUUUGUCAGAUUAGAGGACUGUAGUUAUAUCAAUACAUUAGUGAAGCCUUCAGCUGUUGGAACUACCAACAGUUAUAAAUUGAAUGGAUUCUUCCAUGUAGCCCAUGGUACUGGAGACCUGAAUGAUAGAAUUUGCAGCACUAGUAGAAUGCAAAAUGAGACAUCAUUCAUAAAAGGCAGUUUAUCAUCUAAUAAAGAAAAGAAUGGAAAUGAAGAAGGCUGUGUUUCAUGCUGCAUGAGUGAAAACAGUAAGUGUUUAAGGGAGAAAAACUGUAAUAUUGGUAGAAAGCAUAGAAAAAAGAUGAAAACCACAGAGAAGUCUGCAGACGUGGCUGGUAAAUGCAAGAAGUGUGAGUUACAAACAGAAGCAGCAGUUGCCAUGUCAAACUCGUUUGCAGUUUCAGGACUAAAUCGUACUCUCUCAGCUUCAUGCGAUCAUACAUCAGAUUUUGAUACAGAAAAAAAUACUCAUGAACUUCAAACUGUAUCAGCCUGGAGAAAGAACAGUAGCAAAUUACUUGCACUUGAAACUGGCUUUAAGAAGACAUCUGUGCUCUCUGCAAUGGUAAAAGGAGAAAAUUCAAGCAGUGUGGCAGAUUGUGCAGCUGCCUCAGAUAGCCUGAGAGUGUUAGCUCAGAUCCAUGAUGUUUCUGAUUGUCACAAAAGCAAGGCAGGAGGAAAUUUGAACAAAGUUAAUAAGAAAUUGCAGCAGUUUACCUGUCAAAGAACAAUACCCAUGACUGGUAAAAAAGUUUGGCCUGUUGAAUCUUGUGCCAGGACUUCUGAAUGGUUUCUUAAAAAUCAUAGGUCAGAAGAAAAAAGACUUUUAAAGGUUGCUUUUGAGGAUUCCUCUGAUAAAAGCAGUGUUAAAGCUGUAGGAGAUGCUGCAGUGAUUGGGAAUGUGAGACAGCUGGAUUUGCAUACAUCACUGGCAGAAAUUACAAAAGAAAUUACACAUAAAAAGAUUGAUCCAAAUAUUGACUGUCAGGCAUCACUUGAAACAAGGGGAUCCUCUUCUGUGGAUAUUUAUGAGACUUUGACAAUGAACAAUGAGAACUGGGAAUUGCCAGUUAAUAUGGAUAGAAGUGCCGUGGCUUUUAACCAUGAUGAAAUGCAAGAAGUUAAAGCAACCUUGAAUUUUACAGCAAAACAAAAAGAUGAAGAUGAAGGAGAUGUAACAGAAAGAAGCCUGUCUGUGACAGCCCAGAAUGGUACAAUAAAACAAAACUAUAAAAAUGAAGGCGAUGUGACAAAUAGAAACCUGACUGUGACACUCCAGAGUGGUACAAUACAACAAGAUAAAGAUGAAGGAGUUGUGACUAAUAGAAACCUGUCUGUGACAGUCCAGAAUGGUAGAAUAAAACAAGAUAAAGAUGAAGAAGUUGUGACAAAUAGAAACCUGUCUGUAACAGUCCAGAAUGACACAACAAAACGAAAAGGUAAAAAUGAAGCAGAGGUGACAAACAGAAAUCUGUCUGGGGCAGUCCAGAAUGAUACAACAAAACGAAAGGAUAAAAAUGAAGCAGAGGUGACAAACAGAAACCUGUCUGAGGCAGUCCAGAAUGGUACUUCUACAAGUAACACAAACAGUAUAAACUUCAGCCCUAAAGUAUCAGUAGUGAACCAGAAAUUACCUGAUUUAAACCUAAUUAAACCAUUAACCUCUGGAAACCUGACAAAAUUCAAAAUUCCUUUAUGCAGAAAGAAACCUGAAUCCAAGAAACUGGAGUCUGUCCAUUCAUUUGAAAGCAAAACUUGUAGUCCACUAGAGCUUCUUGAAAGCACUAGUCCAGAAAGGCAGAAGACAGGUGAAGAGACUUUCUUGGUGAAAUCAGAGCAGGGUCCUCUUCCUGUGGUGAGUGAUGCUACAUCUCCACCUUCCAUACAGAAGAAAGCAGAUGAGAUCGACAGUAAGGACUUCCAGCAGAAUGCCUCUGUGAAUCUCUCUGAUGAGAUGUCCGUGCUCUCUGAAAGUUUUUCUGCAUAUCCACAUCCUCUUCUUGAUGGAGAACCAGAGCCAUCUAUACCUGAUUUCUAUGGUACUGAAUGUGUGCUGAAAUCUAGUUUUCCUGAUCGUUCUUGGAAUGCAAUCGACCACGUUGUUGGAUUAGGAAUAAGUGAUGAUAGAAAAUCAAGACGGAAUUUUUCACAACACAAAAAUCAAAAUCUACCAGAUAUCCUUGAAGCUUACAACCAAGAUGUUCUUGUCAUUGAUGUGAUUCAGGAUGACCCUGACCUUUUUGGAACCAGUAAUGAAGAGGCACUUGCACCUGCACGCUGUGAAAAUUGUCCAGUGAAAGCGUCCCCUGCAAACAGCAUUAAAGACACAAAGGAAUAUAUUAAGCCUGAGUCUCCAGUUACCUCAGAAAAGACAUACUCAGUAGAGAGUAGUUUUAGAUGCAUGCAAGAAUCCAGAAUGUCAAGUGAUACUGAAAAUUCUUGUAAUUUGGUGUUAAAAGCUGAAGAUGUGAACGCCCACAAUUCUUCCAGAGGAAGCAGUCCUUCAGGAGAUGUUACUGAGGAAUUUCUUAAAGAUAGGCAACAGAGCAAACUAGAUGAACUUUUGACGAGUUUGGACAUGGAUGAAAAGUUCAAGCUUGCAGAUGGAAUGCCUGAUGCUGAAGAUGAAAACAAGAGUGAAGGUGAAAAAAGUGACUGUAAAUGCAAAGUGAACAGUGAAUUGCUAUCAGAAUUGCCACUGAAUGACCAAAAAGCAAAUCUCUUCAGUGAAGCUUCAGAGAUGAAAUCAUGGGCAAAUGGUUACAAAUCUUCAGGAAGAAGUACUUUACUGCCAUUGAAGGAUUGUGGAGUUUUUGAGCCGUGGAAGAUGGAGAAAAGUGCAGUUGCUUCUCAUUCAGUCCAGCAGAUCCUUGAUGCACUUAACUUGCCCCGUAAAUACUGCAGAUACUAUUUCAUGACUUCACGUGGCUGUGAAAGAACAAAGUGUUGGUUCUCUCAUGUUCCAGUACAAGGGGAUGAAAAGAUUUGCAUGGCAAUUCUUAGGACAUACAUUAGUAUCAAAGAAUCAGGCCUCCUAAGACGUGCAGUUCAAAUAUUUGUGCAGUAUUACAAAGAAGUUACUCCUGGUAUGGAUUUUGCUUCUGAAGUGCUGAAUGAUCUUCUUGUUUCAUUGCUCAACAACUGUUUGUUGCAGGAAGUAUUCCAAAUAUUGAAUGUAAUUGUACAAAUCAAGAUACUGCCAGCUGUAGAUGUUCUUCUGAAAGUUUUUGAGCAUGUGGCUUCUUUGAAUAUAAGAAAUGCUGUGCCUACAUUAAUCAAUACCUUCUGUAAGCUCAUUGGUGCUGGUAUGUUCCUUGAGUUGGAACACUUUGACUACAUUAUUAAGUUACUUCAGCAAUUGCAAGUUUCUAGUUGGGAAAUGACUACUGUUUUGAACAUAAAAUCCAGAUUUGAGGAAAGGUAUUUUGAAAAGACAUGGAUUUUUGACUUCAACUUGGCUGUGGCUGAAAUUCAGCAUUGCAAGGAAAAAAGGGACUGGACCAAGCUAGGAGCUUUGUAUCUUAAUGCAAGAACUGGAUGUGAACAUUUUGAUGAUCUUCAGAAAUUGUUUGUAUCUAUUGCUGAAAUUCUAGCCAAAGAUUCUGAAACAGACAGACCAGGAGUUCCUUUUUGUGAUUUUGCUGAUACAGUAGUGAAAAAUUCACACCAUAAUAAAGCAGACAGACUUUUCAUUGGAAGGACUGGGAUAAGUGUAAUGUAUUCGUAUCACAAAGUACUGCAGUGGAUAAAGGGAAGGAAGGUUUUGGAUAAACUGCAUGAGCUACAGAUAGAUUUUACACUCUUGAAAGGACUUGUAGGUGCAGGGAGGUCAGCAUCCAGAUGUCAGAUUGUUAAUAAAGCUGCAGAAAUCUUUCUUCAUUCUGGAAAUUUGGAUGGAGCAACAAGGGUAUUGAGAGAGUCAGAGUGGAUCACAGAUGCACCGUUGUGGCCCUGUAAUAAAAUGGACAUCCUCAAUCGACAUAAUCUGUUAUGUGCAAUAGUGCAUAAAUACUUGAGGAAGAGUUUGUACAGGCAAGCAUUUGAAGUUCUGCAGAACUUACCGGGUUUGCAGAAACAUUCUGAUAUUGUAAAUGCUUCUCAAUACAGCUGCCUUUUUAACAAGCUGAUAAAUGCCUGUUUUGAAAACAAGAACCUUGGGGUCUCGUCUUCUGCAGUAGACUUCAUGCUUUCCAAAAAGAUUGCUAUUGAUUUUGCUUUACUUAGAGGAUUAAUCACAGCUUUGGGAAGAAGUUCUCUAUGGUCCAAAGCUAGGACCUAUUACAAAAAUGCUUUAUCACUGGGUUGCUACCCAGAGCUGCAGGGAAAUUUUUAUCACAAAGUUCUGAAGAUUCCAUCAUACCUAUCUGAAGUUGAGAUGCUGUUGACCAUUGAAGUAUUUCUUGUUUCAAAUGCUAGUGAUAUUCAAAGUUCAAGGAAUACUAGUCAGACUCUUCAAAUAAUACUGAAAAGAUAUGAAGAUACAGUUCAGAAUAACAAUGCCUAUCAUGAGGCAGUGGAGAGGCUGAUCCAGGCAGCUCGUUUAUCUGAUCCAAAGCUUUUUCUUAAGCAUAUGACCAUGAACGUUAAUAUGGAAGAAGUUUACAGCCUGGAGCACUCAUCUGCUUUCAAAUGGCUUCAAGAGAAUAUGAAAUGGGCUGAGAAGGUCUGGCUGUUUCAGUAGUUACUGAAUAGUUUCCACUCUGUUCGGAUUGUGCCUUACUGAUUUACAGCAAGGUUUCAAACUCAAGUUAUGGUUUUAAAUACUAUAUUGAUGAUAAUGAAGAUAGUAGCACAGAAAGAGUAAUUGUUUUUUUAUAAACUGUCACACUGACCUGUAUAGAUGUUUGACAAUGGCAUCACCAGAUAACGAAGAAGCUGCAGCCUCAGAACCUACAUUCACCAUUCUUACAAAGAAUUAACACUUAGGUUGUUUCUCCCAGCAGGUAAUUCUGUAAGUGUAGUAUAAGCAUAGGUACAAGUGUAGGUAAGUGCAUUGGUUGAGUGCAUCUACUGUUCUUGAGUGAGACAUUUUCCACAUUCAUUCAUAGUCUGUAGAAGUAAUACCUGUUUCCUGUUGUCUGCCUUACAGUAACUUGUGAGGUCACUGUCCCAACUGUUCGCACCUUAGAUCUUAUUUUUUUUCUCCAAAAGCCCAAUAAAAAGCACUGAGAAUAAAAUAACUUCAAAAUUCCUUGA